AAUCUAGAAAAACCUGAGGACGACUGCAUUGCUGUUGCCUAUCAAUGCGAAAGUUAUGAUGCAUUUCUAGAGGGCCGGUGCGCUAACUGUGCUGAUUAUAAAUGCCAACCAAUGGGUCUAAACCCGGAUUAUUGGAUCGACAAGAAAAUGGACGAACGGACAGUUGACAGUCGAUACUUUGUUAAUACUGGACCCAAAGAGGAAUAUUGCUUAUAUCACUAUCAGAUGGGGUUUCAUAUCUCAAACAAUUCCGAUUCAACGACAGUGGAGAAAAUCCAUUCAAUAGCUUUGGAGUGGAAGAGAUAUAACGCAUCCGAAAGAAGUCGUUAUAAUAGGGGCUAUAAAUUGCAAAUACCUGUCAUUGAAAUCUAUUACAUGAGUUCUAUGAACGAGAGCAUUAGAGACGAGUCUUCGGCCGUGUUUUGUCCAAAAGAUGGUGCGGAGACCCGAAUAGUGGCCAAUAGACAGAAAGUCGAUUAUAUCGCUUGUAAUCCGCAUUUGAAGCAAAAAUGUCGUGAUAUGUCAACCGAAGAACUGAAGCCAUUGACAUUCAAAGAGGACAUCCAUUCUGUGGAUUAUAUGAGACAAUAUCCUGUGUUUCAUAAAAUCAGAAACUCUAUUGUCCAUAACUGUAAAUGCAAAGACCCCGACGAAGAGGAUGAGCCCAACGCGGCCACAGCGCCGGCUGAUAGUGACGACACAACCACUGACACAACCACGCGGUCGGCCCCCGAAGUCACACAACAACCACAGACCACAUCCACUAAACAAUUGACCACAAAACCCACCGCCAAAUCAUAUUUCGGUUUUAAACGUUUGGGCGCUAAAAGUAGUGCCAAACCUGUGGUUACAACCGAUGACGACUCCGAACCCAAGGAAUCUUUUAUGGAUAGAAUAAAUAUAUUGAAGAAGAAAGAGGGCGAUAGAGACGUGACAUUGAAGACAUUUGCGGCGACUGAGGCUUACAUCGAGACAACAGAAUCGCCAGAAUUGAGUGCAAUCGGCGGCGCGAUAUUCAAUAAAUAUAAAAAACUGUUACCUUUGAAAACGGUUACCGACGAUACGACCACUUCUACUACAGCCGCCACCACUACUGCCGAGUCGGACGAGACCACAGCCUCUACUGAGACGUCUGCCACAAAGAAAACAACCAAAUCCGAGGACUCGGACGGCGAGAAGGAGGACAUGUCUUUAGAGUCAGACAAUCAAUCGGACAAAACAACCACUGAAUCAACGACUCACACAAAAACGACGACAACGACAACACAUUCGCCGAUAAAGACGACCAAAAAAAGAAGUAAUCCUUUUGGCAGUCCUUUCAAAAUAGACAAAAGUGAAGACUCGGACAGCACUGAGGCCUCCAUCUCAGACACCAAACCGAGGAAAUCACUGAUCGGCAAAAUAAAUAUAUUGUCUAAAAUAAAGAAAGACAAGUCAGAGAAGUCAAGCGUUGACAAGUCGUUGAAGACAUUCUCAGACACGGAACCGGAGGUCCAAUCGAAAGUUGGAGGAUUCUUGGUUAAAUUUAAACAAUAUCAGGAUAUGUUAGGCAAGAGUUGUUUCCGAGAUAUCGGCUGUUUUUCUCCCACCGAAUACAACGAGUCGGCGCGCGCUAUACCACUGUUGCCGAUGUCACCCGACUCUAUGAGUCCGAUGUUUCACAUGUAUACCUUAGAGCAGCGGACGAUCCCCAGAAACUAUAGCUAUAACGCCACUGCAGCCCAACUCCGGUACAGCACUUUCAACGCCUCCCUUAGAACCGCAUUCAUUGUCCACGGAUUUCAAAGCGGAUAUGCCCUGUGGUUAGAGAAUAUGAAAGAUUUUAUACUUUAUAAAAGCAACGAUCAAUUCAAUGUUGUGGUCGUUAUUUGGGAAAAAGGAGCAAAAACCCCAAUUUAUAACUUGGCCGCUACUAAUACCCGAGUUGUUGGAGCACUGAUUGGUUUCUUUAUCAACAGUUUGUGCAAUACGUUUAAGAUAACAAAUGAUAGGUUUUGGUUAAUCGGUCACAGUUUGGGCGGACAUACAAUGGGUUACGCCGGCAAACGACUGAAUAACCCAAAAGUGGGCCGCAUUACAGCCCUCGAUCCGGCCGGGGUCGGUUUUCACUUCAAGAACACAGCUUUACGUUUAGACCAUUCGGACGCACAGAUAGUGGAUGUGAUCCAUACGGACGCCGCCCUCUCAUACACUGAGGGCUUCGGAACGGCCGACACUUUGGGUCACUUCGACUUCUAUCCCAACGGAGGCAGUUGGCAACCGGGAUGUGCUGUAUCUGAUAGUGUGACCAACAAAUUGAGUUCAAUUACAUCGGGCGAAGACAUUACGUGUUCGCAUUCCAGGGCCUGUUUAAUAAUGAAUAACCUUGAUAAACCUGAGGACGAUUGCAGUGCUAUUGCCUAUCAGUGUGAAAGUUAUGAUGCAUUUCUUGAGGGCAGAUGUGCCUCAUGUGAAGAUAAUAAAUGUCAACCAAUGGGUCUAAACCCAGAGUUUUGGAUCGAUAAGCCAAUUGAUCCGCGAACUAUUGACAGCCGAUACUUUGUGAACACUGCACCCAAAGAGGAUUAUUGCUAUUUAACUGUUAAAAUCAAGUUCAUAAUGUGCUCUAUAUAUCACUAUCAGAUGGGUUUUCAUAUCUCAAACAAUUCCGAUUCAACGACAGUGGAGAAAAUCCAUUCAUUGGCUUUGGAGUGGAAGAGAUAUAACGCAUCCGAAAGAAGUCGUUAUAAUAGGGGCUAUAAAUUGCAAAUACCUGUCAUUGAAUACUAUUACAUGAGUUCCGUUCACCAAAACGUUAGGGAUGGGUUUUCGGGAGCACUUUGUCCCAAAGAUGGUCCGCAGACCAGGAUUACAGUGAAUCGACAAAAAGUACUUUACAGCCCCUGUAGUCCUACUCUUAAAAGCAAAGCUCGCGAUAUGUCGACCGAAGAACUGAAGCCAUUGACAUUUAAAGAGGACAUCCAUUCUGUGGAUUAUAUGAGACAAUAUCCUGUGUAUCAUAAAAUCCGAAACUCUAUGGUUGCCAACUCUGAUCAAACGUUGCCU